AUGAGCCCAGAGACCGCAGGAGCCCAGACCACCACCCGUCCCUGCCCGUCCUUGCCAAUGAUCCAUCUCGUCAGGUACGUAUUCGCACCAAGUACUCCGUACCUUGGUGCUUUCCUCAGUUCCUACAGGCUGCCACCAAUCAGCCGUGGAUCGUACCUACCCUUAGACUCGACGCAGGAAGGACCAGUCCUAGGCACCUUCUACGACCCGUAG